GUUUCAGAGAAUACUAACUGCUUCUGAACUACUAAUGUCACGUUCCGAGACGUCAUCGCCUCCGCCAACACCGAGCCAUUCACCCAUUCCCAUCAAGGGAGGGUAUCAGUCUCCACCUUGCAUAUGCGGCUCGGUACCUUUGGCUUCACUUUCUGCCAACACUUUGGCUGAUAGCCUGGGAGUUUCUCCGAAGUAUAAACAGCAGGACUCUGCACGAUGGACUGCUGCUGCUCAGUUUUAUCACAACUCACGAGCUCAUUCACCUACCCAAGACGGCCAGUUCAGCUUCCCGGAUGUUUCGGCUGAAAACAUGUGGAUCAAUCCACAACAACUUGUCUCUAGCUUCAUCCAAAAGAACACAGCUAUCAGGACACCACUUUCGCUGGAGGACAUUGCUAACAUGAAUAGAAAGCGGCAUAUCCAGGAGGGAGGCAUGAUUCGCAGUGGUGGGGCCGAUGGCCCGUUGGAGUUGGAAGCUAUAGCUGCUGUUCAUGAAUUGUCACAUGAAGUGCAAGACAUAAGUGUAUCAGAAAUGCUACCAAGAACUAGCGAUCUGAUCUUUGUCAAUGUGAAAACACAAGAAGGGCAACCCUAUACGCUGGAACUAACACUCAAAGGUUGGCGGAUUGCUUCAUCGCAUACAGAUUGCAUGAAUGGUGACUAUACAAAGGUCGAUCUUCACACUCGUUACUUCCGCAACGCUCGUGAAUUGCUCAGUUUUAUCUCACCGGAUCAUGCAACACGCUUCAGCGAAUGUUUGGCUAGUAAACUCAAUGCAUUAGCGGCUAGUGACCCGACAGUCGUUGGCGCCGCCAGCUAAUAACCCGAAUGCACCAAAGAGUUCGGAUGACUACGUCUGAAUUCGCCGGCUUUAUCAGCAGAGCUUUUUUCUUCUUAGAACUUAGAUCUGAGAACGUGUACACAUAUUUGUUCGAUUACCGGUUGAAAAGAAUCGUCGCUUCGUAAUUUCGAAGUCUCGCUGUCGGCGAAACAAGGAGAAUCUCGACUUCCUCAAAGAUCUGACCAAGCCGGAUGUUGAUCUACGAAAGAUGGCGAGACUUCUUGCAAAAUUUCUUUGCUAAAUUGUGAUAUCUCUUUCUCCUGGUAUCCUAUAGUAUGUAAUUGUUAAUAAUUUAUGUGUGGUGUCGCCCACCCCUUAUCUAAUUAGGUUUUAUAUCAGUUUUAUUACAAAAAGAACCAUUGAACGUUAUCUGUUCAUUGCUAUUUGCACGAAAAGCGGUUCUGAUUGUGCCUCACAGGUGCUUUACAGCAUUUCCCAAAAAACAAUUACCAUUGUGUGAUGUUGUAUUCAAUAAAAUUGAAGCUUUGUG